UGGGUUGAAAUCAGACACGAGCAUCGACGGGUCUCUUCCUCCUCGGCUCGCUGGGUUUAUCAGCGUCAGCUCGACCUCUCACAUGUAGAAAGUGGCUCCGUCUUUCUCCCCUUUUGGACACUAAAUGACACGCGUUUAAACUUUUCUUCGGUUCCAUGAACUUCCUCACUAUUGGGUAGGUGCUCCUGAAGUUGGCGCUAUCGUGUCAUGAAAGCCAGGGAAAACAAGCGGGGUCCAGGGCUUGCAUGCUGGAUGUACAUUUAUUUAAUACUGAAUUAACAUGAACACAGGCUCGGCGAGUGUCUUUGCACGAGCUGACGAAGGAAGAAAGCAUGGACCCUGCCAGACAGAUGCGCAAAGAGGAGAUAAGCAAAUCUCUGACAUUUAUACAGACUUCCUGACCCGGUUAGUGUGCAACCUGCUCGAUGAGGGAAACGCAUCGUUCAAGGACAGAGACUGGGAGCAGGCGGUGAGAGAGUUCAGUGAAGGUUUGAAUGUCUCCUGCUAUGCUGCAGCAGAGGAGAUCCAGAUCCCCGAAGCUUUGCUGGAGAGCCUGUAUGUAAACCGGGCUGCUGCCUACCACAGUAUGGGGGAAUAUGAUCGGGGCGUGAAUGACUGCGAAGGAGCUCUGAAAGUCUGUAAGGACAGCCGCAGGGCGCUGUACAGGAAGGCUCUUUGUUUGAAGGAGCUCGGGAAGUACAAGGAGGCCUACAACUGCACCACGGACUGCCUGCUCAUUAGUCGUCUGGUAAAGGACAAACAGGUGAACGAGCUCGCACAGGAGCUGGCCAUCCAUCUGGGACUAAAAAAUCGAAAACCAUAUAUCGGCACAAAGGACAGCACACUUAUCAAGAGAGGUGUCACAAAUGGAAACAUGACUUCUGAAGCCAUCAAGGUGUCUGGUGCUCACGUAGGAAAUGGUAUGAAUCCUCUGAGUGGCCUCGCACCAGUCAGCUUUCCCAGCAUCCCUCAGUCCCCCAUUACCUCGCCCGCUCCCAGCGGCCUCCAGCCGGCUGUCACUUUGGACGACUCCGAGCGGUUGGGGGACGACUUGGACAGCCUGCUCGACUGCUUCCCCAACGGGCAGGAGCCACCUGAGACCCCCACCCAGGCAGCAUUCUCAGACCCCAGCAGGGCAUCCACCUGCGAGCACACAGUUCCUUCGGUCCUCCCAGCCCCAACACCCCAGCUACCCCCGGCCUUCUUCAGCUCGGCCGUCAGCCACCUCAACUCCCUGGACUCCUUUUCAGGUGGUGGGUGCAGCACCACAGCUGCGACACUGGAUGCCCUAGACGAUCUCCUGACCUCUGGAAGUGGAGGUGGUGCGGGCACUUCGAAGCUAGCACUGACCUCCGCGGCGCUGAAUGCUCUGGGCGGCCUUGAUGCUCUGGAUAGCCUUGAUGCUCUGGAUAGCCUUGAUGCCCUGGAUGACUUAUUGGAUACGACUCCAGGUUCUGCUGCUGCUGGGAAUGAGUCCAAAACAGAACUGGAGGAAGGGGAGAAGUCCCUCGAUGAUUUGCUAGAUGAAAUAGAUCCCCUGGCGACCGUCUCUGAUCCAGGUGGCCAGAGUGGUGAAGUCCCUAACACUGGUGUUAUAUCUGUGGACCCACUUGACAUCCUUGAUGCCCUGGACUCCUUUCCCUCAGUGGACGGUGUUGUGGCAGCUUCGCCAGCAAACUCCAUCGGGGGAACAGGUCUAGACUCGCUCUCCGGUUUUAGCUCAACUGGUAUCAAAAGAUCUCUUACUGCUGCAGCUCCAGUUACGCGAUCUCCAAAGAAUAACUACAAAGAGAAGAAUAACCAGGCGCCGGUGACAGUUUCUAACCCGUUGUCCUCCACUCAUGAGUUCCUGCAGGCCUGCUCUGCCUGUUUCCCUCGGAAAGGUAAAGGCAUAUAUACGUACGUUCACAAGCCAGACCUGGUCCACAGCUGCGAGCGAGACAUUCUGUUAUGCAGACUAAAGGCAGGCCCCUCUUCAGAGUGGACCAGAGUGCGACAGAUGCCAACCUGGACUUCCUUCAGUGGGCCGUUUGUACUUUGCAGGGAGCUGCUGAAGUCCGGGGAUUUGGGCCUGUGUAAAUUCGGAGAGCAAUGCACGUUUGCCUACAACCAGCUGGAGAUCGAUGUUUGGACAGAAGAGAGGAAGGGGAAGCUGGACAGAAACCUGCUGUUUGAAACAUCAGUUUUCAAACUGGACCCCGUAAACGACAUCAUCCGCCUCAUGCAGGAACACAAGGGCAUGUUCAUUUCCCUCUGUCAGGAAUGCUAUGACAGUAAACCUAGACUCAUCAGUAAGCGUUGUAGAGACAAUCACACCAUCUGCUCUAACUCGGAUGCUCGCCACACCUUCGAUGCCAAUAAGUGCUUGGCAUUUGUGGUGAGGACCCACUGUGUGAACUACAGAAAGGUCCGACCGUUGGGCGUCCUGUGCCACUUGGAUUUGUGCCGGCCAGCCAUCCGUUACGGCUGCCAGAGAGAGGACAGCUGCAACUAUGCCCACUCCGUUAUAGAGCUCAAAACCUGGAGGGUGCAGCGAGACACAGGUAUCAGCCCUGAUGAGAUUGUGAAAGUAUCCACACAAUAUAAUGACAAGCAGGAGCAAAACGCAAACAAACUGAAAGGAAAUAAAUUGUUUUCUGGAGGUGCUGGGAGCAAACCAAGAGGAGGAGUCGGGAAGAGUCUGAACAUGAACAUGAAGUUUGCCUGUGCUCAGUGCUGGCGGGACGGCCAUAUCCGUGAACCAGACAAAGCCCUCAAGUACUGCACUGCAAAGGCCAAGCACGUGUGGACUAAAGAGAGAUGGUUACUGCUGGUCAAGUCCUUGGAGAGAAGUAAAUGGGUUCAGGUCCGACCGCUGCCACAUACCAAGAACUUCCCUAUGCACUAUGAUAUAUGUACUCAGAUUUUGGGGAAAAAGAAAUGUAACUACUCUGGGAACUGCACGUUUGCUCACAGCCAAGAGGAGAAGGACAUGUGGAUGUAUAUGAAGAAUAAAGACUUGCGGGACAUGCAGCAGAUAUAUGACAUGUGGUUGAAUUUAACUGCCCAAAACCGACAAGCAGAUGGAGCCAUGCUCACCCAGCCCGUCCCAGAAGAGAAAAACAUUGUCAUGCCAACUGACUAUGCUGAGCUCAUGAGUGGCUUCUACUGCCAUCUGUGUGGUAAGCACAGUAACGGUGAGCGACAGUGGCAGCAGCACAUCUCCUCUGAGAAGCACAAGGACCGAGUGUUCAGCUGUGAAGGAGAAGACGAAGCUCUGACGUGGAGCUACCGUUUCCCUGGCACAUGCUUUGAACUCUGCCCCAAGAAGCAUGGCGGCUGUCCCGAUGGUGUGAGCUGCGACUAUGCCCACAGCUUAGAGGAGCUGCAGGAGUGGACUGAGAGACGGGAUUUACUGCGACGGAAGCUGGCCAAAGCCAGGGAAGACAUGCUCAUCAUGCCCGAUGAGUGUGACUUUGGGAAGUACAAUUAUCUACUUCAGGACUGAAAAGACUAAUAUAAUUUUUUUUUUUACUUUGUCAGCCAUAACUGCCAAACUAGCAUUCAAGUUUCUUUAAAUCAUGACCCAAAUCAGCAGGUGACAUGAUCAAAAUAGCAGUAUUUACAAUUGUCCUGCCAAAAGAUCACUUAAAGUAAUACACAAAGCUCAUGUAUUUGCAUUUCCAAACAUGUGGUAUACACUCUUUACUUUAUGUUGGUAAGUCUUUGAAUUUCUUCUGACUGUAUGGAACAUUUUUAGAGCUACUUUUGCACAUGUCUAUUCGGCGAAAACAUCAAUACAAAACUAAACUCAGUGCUGUGAAAGUAAGGCUCGUGUUGGUUCCACUCUAAAAAAAACACAGCAGAUACAGACACAUCCCAGAAUAACCAUAAAAGGUUCAUAUUUAACCAAACAUGGUCGUGUAAUAUGACCCAUGUGACAUUCACAAAUAAUUUAGUCAAAUUGUUUUGUUUUUUUUCCCUUCUGUUUGUGUCCUGUUUGAGCAGGGAGUAAUAAUAACAGCACUGCCAUGCCACAGUUCACUAAGAGAGGAUGUUCAAGGCUUCAACUUCUCAUUAAAAUACUCCCAACAAAUGAUUGCUCAAAGUCUCAAUAAACAUUUGACAUGUUCA